CCGAGCGUCCCUAUGUCGUGCAGUUUGAUAGCAGAGAUGGAGAUGAGAGGCAGCGAGGAUGUAGAAAUGGGGCAAGACAUUACCCCACCAUUCCCUCCUCUCUCUUUCUCCCUCCACGAUUCCUUCCUCCUCUCUCACUGCUCCGCCUGCUUCUCCCCUCUCCCUCUUCGCCCCACCUUUCCCCAUAUUCCCCUUCCUCUCCCUCCCUACCUCCUCUCCUACUGCUCCCCUCGCUGCUCCUCUUCCGAUUCCCCCCUCCAUUUUUCUAGCGCCGAGUUCCACCUCCUCCGAUCCCAUCCAUCAUCAUUCGGCGAAUCCUCUGACCUCCGCGCCGCCCUCCGCUUCCUUCAUUCCCUCCCCGCCUCGUGUCGCUCCGUCCCAAACGGACGGCUCGCCGGCUUGCUCACCAACCGCGACAAACUGCUCGCGAGGACUGGCUAUGACGAAGAGUUUGUCGAGAGAAUUCGCGAUGGCGCUAGGGUCAUGGCCGCGGCGAGGAAGAUGAGAGAGGGCUAUGGGUCCUCGGAGCCAAACGACUUCGUUUUGGAGGAGGCGGCGCUGUGCCUGGUGCUAACGAACGCCGUGGAGGUGCAGGAUGACUCGGGGCGAACCCUCGGUAUUGCUGUUUACGACCCCAGCUUCUCUUGGAUCAAUCACAGCUGCUCCCCCAACGCUUCUUACCGGUUUUUUCUGUCCUCUCCACCCCCUUGUUGCGCUCAAGCGAGGCUUAGGAUUGUCCCAUGCGCCCGCCAUGGCCUAGAAACUCAAAUAGAGAGUGGUGUUUGUAGCAUUAGUGAAUUAUCAUAUGGUGAGAUGAGGGAGAAUAAUGGUCCAAAAGUUGUUGUUAGGAGUAUUAAGAGGAUAAAGAAAGGGGAGGAAGUGACUGUUGCUUACACUGACUUGUUGCAUCCUAAGGAAAUGAGGCAAUUGGAGUUAUGGUCAAAGUAUUGGUUUAUCUGCUGUUGUAGGCGAUGUAGUUCUUCGCAUCUGACCUAUGUGGAUCACAUUCUGCAAGAAGUUUCUCCUGCUAGUCUUCAAUCUUCCAGUUUACUUUCUGGUCAAGACAUCUAUAUUAACGGUACAAUUGAAAGCUUGACUGAUCAUAUUAAUGAUGCUAUAACUGAAUAUCUGGAAAGUGGUGAUUCAGAAUCAUGUUGCAAGAAGCUUGAGGACAUGCUCACUCAAGGUCUCCUUUAUGAGCAGCUAGGAGGUAGGGAAGAAAAAUCUCAGCCAGUCUUCAAGUUGCAUCCCCUGCACUACCUCUCUCUAAAUGCCUAUACAACACUGGUUUCGGCAUAUAAAGUCCGUGCAAGUGACUUGUUGACUCUAUAUUCUGGAAUGGAAGAGCAUCACUUGGAAGCUCUGGACUUGAGCAGGAUCAGUGCAGCAUAUUCAUUAUUGCUUGCAGGAGCAACUCACCAUCUGUUUCAGUCCGAACCUUCUCUAAUUGCAUCUGUUGCAAAUUUCUGGAUAGGUGCUGGAGAAUCCCUAUUAACUCUUGCAAGAAGCUCAGUAUGGAGUAUAAUUGUCAAAUGCGGCCUGCCUGCAACAAACCUUUCUUAUACUCUCUCCAAACAUAUCUGCUCCAAGUGCUCAUUGAUGCAAAAGUUUAUAGCCAUUCUACAUCACAGGGAAGUUCAAAGUACAGAUUUGGAGAACAUAUCUAGUGAGUUCUUUGAUUGUGUCACUAAUAUCACACAAACGGUUUGGGGAUUUCUAAUUCACGGUUGCCAGUAUUUGAGAGCAGUCAAAGAUCCCAUUGAGUUCAGCUGGCUUGGAACUAGGAAAGAUUCUAGUACAAGGGAUAUCCAGCCUCAUCUUGGGAGCAGUGCUGUUGUUUCUUAUCAUGGGGAUGAAGGAAGUUUUUCUGUGUGUGAAGCACAUACAUGCAUCUUCCAGGUUGGUGUUCAUUGCCUACUAUAUGGAGGAUAUUUAGCUUGCAUAUGCUACGGUCAACACUCCAAUUUGAUUACUCACAUUCGGAAUAUUUUAGACCCUGAAGAGUGUUUGAUAAAUCGUUUUCAUGAAACAGACAAAUAAUGAAACUUACCAGAUUUUCAUGUGUUGUCCAAGCA